CAGAAGCGGUGAAAACGCACAGCGCCGAGCACGACGACAUCGCACACGCACAGCUGCGGGAAAAAGGAAAAAAGCUGCUGGGAAAACGAGGCGCGCAUCCAAUACAAAAAAAAAAAGAAAAAAACGAUAGAGAACCGAACCGAGCGCACACAAAAUAUACACUUUUCCGGACGAAAUGUCUUCGCGGCGAGUGUGUAACAAACAAUUUGAUUAAGCAAUUAAUUGAGCAAAGUGCAAGUGCAGUGGGUGGAAAAUGUUUUAGAUUCGGUUCGCCAGCGGGAGUGCUGCGGGGUCGGGAUCGGGUUCGGGGGCGCAUAUAUGAAAAGCGCGUAAAGAAAAGACAUCAAUAGUCAAUUGUAAUUUAAAGACGAGGAAAUCAAGUGAAGGAGCGUCAUGGGCAACGUGUGCAGUUCCGGCCAAAAGAAAAAGAAGGACAAGGACAGUGCCUCCGAGAAGUCCGACGACUCACCUCCAUAUCAGGAGGCGGAUAAGAAGGACCUGAUCUCCACCGAGUCCAAUGCCGGCGACGAGAAGCGCGCUCCCCUAGCAGCUGUUGAGGCGCUGCCGGAUGUCACUCCUUUGCCGGAAGCCAAUGGCAAUCAGCUGCAGGACCAACAGAACCAUCAGCCACCGACAGCCCUGGGAAAGGCCAGUGGAGCAGACAAGGAUUCGAAUACCACCACACCGCAGGGGGCGCAGGCGCCUAGUGAUGUGGCCAAUGCCAAUCCUGCGGCCGGUAACUUGAGCGUGCUGCAGGGCAAGCCCCCACCUGGCCGUAAGAUCGAGCGGGACAAGAAGGUCGUGGUGUACAUCCUGGCCGACAACAGCACCGAGUAUAAGAAGCACAAGCGCGUUGUCCAUAGUUUGUACAAACACUUCAAGAGCAAGUGCCAAAGCCGGGGCUUCGACUUCAUUAUCGCCGAUGUCCAUGACAGUGAGCCCGAGACGGAGCCAGGGAAUGGCAAUGCCAAGAAGGACUUUUCCCGCCUGCAGGAGGUGAAGCGUUGGACCCAGACGCCGCUGGAGGCGCAGGGCGGGCAUGAGGAGGCGGCCAACUGUCUGAGCGAGAUCACGCGUCACUCAGCCGGAGCGUAUAUCGUGCCCGUGUUAUUCCUGGGCGCCACACUGGGCACUCCAAUGCUGCCACUGACCAUUGAGAGCCAGGACUUCACCUCGGUGCUGAGCACAGCCAGUGAGGCAGAGCGUCUAUUACUGGAGAAGUGGUACACCAUCGACAACUCGUACCAGCCAAUGUGCCACCGCCUCCACGCUCAGCAGGUGGACCCGUACUCCGGCCAGGCAAAUGGGGAGCUCAACGAGCUCCUAGCUGUACUGUUGCGUCUCUUUUCCGAGGACGUCAAGGACUCCUAUUUGACCACUGUGGUAGAGCAGGAGAUCAACAACACUGUGCUGAUGAGCCAGGAGCUUGCCAAGCGCUGCAUUUGGAUUCAGACAGGUCAGAUGGCGCGGGCGCCGGAGAACAGCAGCCAGCUGGAAUUGGAAGUGCAGCGCCGGAUCAGCCGCGUCUAUUCGAAGCUCAAGAGUCAGCUUUGCGAGAAGAAUCUCAUCCGGCUGCUGCCCACGAUGAACAUCCUGGAUGAGGAACUAUCGGCCGUGAUCGAGAGCCUGCUGGACAAGGCGCUGGCCGGAAUCUUCGAGGAGCAUCAGUUGAAGAGCAGCAUUCCCUACAACACGCUGGGCGUGGAUCGGGUGUUGCUUGAGGAACUGCAGCUGGUGGGUCAUUACUCAAAGCUGCUUGCCCAGAACUCGGCCAACUUCGACAUUAUGAACGAUGUGAAGCGAUACAUCCGGGACAACACCGUCCAGCCCCUGGUCGUGUCCGGUGCCAGGGGCAGUGGCAAGAGUGUCCUGGUGUCCAAGAUCAUGGAAAAUGUGCACCGCUGGAAACCGGAGGCACAGCUUAUACUUAGAUAUGCCAAUCUCAGUGCCCGGUCCUCGGAUCUCACCUCUCUGCUGGGCUCAAUGGCCAACCAGAUGUCAGUUCUGGAGACGGGUCAUCAAUGCCAAGUUCCACACACUUUAGAGGCCUACGCCCGUGUGAUACGCGAGAUUUUGGAUCGGCAGCAGCGCUUUUUCGUCCUAAUCAUUGACGGGGUGGAUGAGCUGCAGCGGGAUGAGACCCUCGACUGGCUACCCCUACAACUGAGCAGUACUAAGCUGAUCCUUACCGUUAGCGAGCUGGCGGAGGAUAGCGAGGACGGAGCGGACGGCAGUGGGGCUGGAGGAGACGGCUUUGAUAUGCUCGCCGCGCUGGCGCAACUGGGCAUACCACAGCGCUGCUUCCUGCGCGUUCGCCAGUUUACGGAGCGCCAGUGGCACGAUAUCCUUAGCUCCGGCGGCGGUGACUUCUACGCGGCCAAUGGGGCGCUCAAGCUGCCCGACGAGUGGAAAACACUGCACGGCAAGACACCUUACCACGCCAAGUCACUGUGGUGGCUCGCCUGGCUGGGACAUGUGGCUCAACCGAUUAGCGAGAUUGGCGACAUCUCCGGACGGAUCUUGCAGGUGCUGGAGUCCAAGUUCGCCACCGAUCAGGUGGAACUGCUGCUGCUGAUCGUACGGCUGUCGCCGUGGGGCAUACGUGAGAGUGACUGCCUGGGCGUGUUCCAGAAGAUGACACAGGUGGAGGCGCAGGUCGCCUUUAAGAUCUGGUCAAAGUUCUGCUGGCUGAUGGGACCAAUGCUAUUAGGUCUUAAGAAUAUUAGGAUAGCAGACAGGAGCUUUGGACGAGCGGUCCUGGCGAGGUACGCGCAGAAGCAGUGGCUGGUACAUGAAGCGCUGCGGGACUACUUCGACCGGCAGGACAGCGAGUUCAAGGGUAGCCAGGGUGUCAACACCUACAAUUACCAAAAGUACUUAAAACUGCCUUAUCAUCACUUCUGUGCCGUGAUCGAGGACAAGCCGGCGCCGCACAAGAUUGACAUACUCUUCAACUGCUUUUACUUUACGGAUUUACAGUGGAUUGCCAAUAAGGUGCAUGCCACCGGGCCAGAUCACCUCCUGAACGACAUCCUGCAGGCCGUCUGGCUGGCCAAGUCCGGCGGUGACGAUUCCACAUCCGAAUAUGUCCACAUCCACUUCCUCAAGCGAUUCCUUGAGCAGUAUCUGCACGAACUGAGCUACGAUGGACAGCAGUUCUACACGCUGAUGAAGUACUACCUGAAGACGUCCUUCAGAGAAUCACCGGAGCUCAAGGACGACGAAAAAAUACGCUCGUGGUGGGAGUGCACAAACGAGCUGGAGUUCGCUUUCCUCGAGAUUCUCAAUGCCGACCUAGAUGCAGAGAAUUGCAAUCGGACAGAUGAAGCUCCAGAGACAGGGGAUGGCGAAGCUGAUGCUCCUACAGCUACUUCCACAGUCAAGGGCUACGAUGUCCUGAUGAAUCUUCCCCAGCCCGGUUGCUAUGUGGCCUCCCUGUCCACCGAACGAGCUGAGAUCUGUAUUUGGGAUGUAAAGAACUGUUGCCGAAUCCGGGAGCUGCAGGGGAUCCAACAGCCGACAGCCAUGUGUCCCGUCGGCAGCUACGAGGCGGCAGUUCUUUGUCGGCGUGAGAUCCGUGUCAUUAAUCUUGACGAGGGCAAGUUUAAGGUUACUCUUAAGGGAGUUAUGAACCAGAAGAUGCCAUACUUUGGGCUGCACGACCAGAAUCACUUGGUAUGCCUAUCCCGGAACCGCAUGUACGUCAACCUGAUGAACCUGGAGUCAGGUGACUGUGUGACCACCUUUAAGGCAGGCGAAGAUCGUUUCCUCAACUCUCUGCUUGUCUCCGGCGAUGGACGAAUCUUGGUCUGCGGCGAUGAGACUCAAAAACCCUUCCCCCUUCUCGUAUGGCACCUGUCGCAGCGUAAGCUGCUUUACGACCUCCGAAUCCCACACCAUGACUUCCUCACCUCACUUUCGGCGAUAACCCACGAGGGCUCCUACGUCUGCGUGGUGGCCAAGGAGCUGAACGAGCCGACGACUCCGAACUUCAUUGUGGUGUACGACCUGCAGAGCGGCACUCUGUUUAAAAAGUGGAAACCCAGCUGCAAUACAGUUUCACUGGCGAUCUCCCAGGUCAAUGCCUGCGUCAUAGCCGGCCUGGAAGACGCCAAAAUCCUGAUCUGGGACCUCGUCACGGGCAAUUGCAAGAGCACUCUUAUCGGCCACAAUGCCCCUGUGACUUUCCUAAAGCUGGAUCCGCUGGGCAAGGUUCUGCUCUCCUAUGACAAGGAAGGUCGUGACGGCGCCAUUCGCAUGUGGGAGCUCAAUUCUGCUAAAACCUUGGCCGUUUUCAAGCCACCGGCUCAGGUAUGCACCAGCGAGAUACUGCCUAAUGGGGCCUUCGUGGUGCUGGCCCUCAAGGAUCGCAAUUCCCUGCUGACUCUGGCCCUCAAGAAUUAUGGCAGCGGAUCGGGCGACGCUCUCGAAGACGAUUGCGGCGGCACUCUGUACGGCAAUCCCGACAACCAGCACAAAAUUUUCGACUUGAGUAAUUAAAUCAAUUAACGCUAGCUAUCAUUAUUCAAAUUAUAAAUGAAAUGUAAGCCAGAAGAAGGAUCUC